GCUGUUUUGUGUUAAGACUUGUAGUGGACAUCGUUCUAAAUGUUUAUGAUGACGUCACUUAUAACCCUGUUGUUCCUCAUUGGAUUGGCCAGUGUGCAAUCGAAUGUCUGCAACUAUCGCUUUUGGAAGAUUAUCUCGUGUGAACAUAUCAGCUCAUUGGACCAAUUAAAGCACGGCAUUCAGCAGUGGAUUGAGGAGUAUAAGAUGGUAAUGGAAGAUUUCGAUCAUUUGGAGUUCUACAAGAGCGAUAUUGGAUUUCAUGAGCCCAACAUUUUUGAAGGUUACGAGCAUUUAAAGGUUAUGAAGUUUCUUUUUAGCAACGUAACAAAUAUAGCUAACGGAAGUUUCAAAAACUUGAAGAAUUUGCAAGAAUUAGAAAUUGCAUUUAGCACAGUAGACAUUGACGAUAAAGCGUUUAGGGAAUUGUUCAGUCUAAAAAAGUUUCUGAUCUACGGAACAAAAGUACCACACAUUCCCAAGGAAUUGUUUAUCGACGUGCACGCGUUGGUUGAAUUUAACUUGCAUGGCAAUGAGUUAGAACGAAUUGAAGAAGGCGCAUUUGAUAAUUCACCGAAUUUGGUCGAGCUGCACGUUUAUGAUAAUAAACUAACGCAUCUUCCCAAUAACUUGCUCAACAAAUUGGUUUUGCUUGAAUCGGUUUAUCUCUCUGAGAACUCGUUGUGUGUGUUAGAUGAGGAUACCUUCAAAGGGUUAUCCAAGUUAAAAGUGCUCCAUCUAGAGAACAAUCAGUUGGAAACCUUACCAGCACACAUUUUUAAUGACCAAGAUUCUUUAACAGAGCUGCAUUUGAAGAAUAAUAAAAUCAAACAUAUACCAGAAGACCUAUUAGCUAACGCAAAGUCUCUAAAGGAAGUGUACCUCUCCAUAAACGAAAUUGAAGGUUUACCCAGAGAUCUCUUCAAAAACACUCCUGAUAUACAGGUGAUUGAAGUAUCCGACAAUCCACUUAGAACACUGGACAAUAUAUUCACGGGCCUUUCGAAGCUCAAAAAAAUUAUACUAAGCCACAAUCAGUUGACAUCCAUCCCCGACGGUAUCUUUUCUGGGUUAUCAAGUCUUUUCGAACUCGAUCUUUCUGGAAACGAAAUCAAUAAGAUCACACCUGGGAUAUUUAAAGGUUUAAACGGUUUGAAAAGUCUGGAAUUACGAUCCAACACCAUGACCAUCAUUGAACCUUCGUCCUUUGAUGAUCUACCAUCACUUACUAGUUUGAGUCUUGAGAAGAAUAAACUCGCAUCGCUUCCUCCGGAAAUUUUUCACAAAAACUUGGAACUAAUGUCACUAUACCUAAGUGAAAAUGAGAUCGAAGGUC